AUGGCACAACAACAACAAGAACCUGAAGUCCUUUUAUCGAUCAACAAUCAUAUUGCUACCAUCACUUUGAACCGACCACGAAAAGGCAAUGCAUUAACAGCCAACAUGAACGAGUUGUUACUCGACAUGCUUGCCAAACUCAAGGAGGAUGCCUCUGUACGUGUGCUUGUGCUUACAGGAGCUGGCAAAUUCUUUUGUACCGGCAUGGAUUUAUCAGCAUCAUCGAAAUCGGUGGAUGAUCCUCAACAAGUACGAGAAGGAUUCCGGAAAGGUCUACGUGUGUUUGAUGCCUUGUACCAUUUCCCCAAGCCUGUGAUUGCUCGUGUGAACGGCCCUGCCCUUGGCGGUGGUGUUGGCCUCAUCUUUACCACCGACUUCCGUGUUGUUGCCGAAGAAGAAACCUAUGUCGCUCUUACAGAAGUCAAGCGUGGUAUCAUCCCUGCUAUCAUUUCUCAAUACCUUGUACCUGAAUUGGGUCGUCAACGUGCUCGAGAAUGGAUGCUUACAGGUCGUCGUGUUCCCGCACGUGAAGCAGCUGCUUAUUGGACAAGUGUGGUUCCACGUAACCAACUCGAUCAAGGCGUACAAAAAGUCGUUGAUAUGCUCGUUGAAUCAGCACCAGGUGCCAGCGCUGAUAUUAAACGCCUUGUCCAUGCCAUCAGCACAGGUGGUAACCCCGAACAACACCAACAACACGUUCAACAAUCAGUAGAGGACGCUUAUCUCAAAAUGAUGCAAUCAGAUGAAGCUGUGUUUGGUAUCAUGGCAUUCCUCAACAAGGAGAAACCCGAUUGGAACCAAUUCCUUAAGGAUAAGGCAAAGCUUUAA